UUUUAGGCCCUCUGCCUUGCUUUGACUAUUAGACUAGCAUCAGACGGAAAAGUGAAGGGAGUGGAAUGGAAACAGGGAAAUGAAUCUAGCUUCUUGAAAGAAGGCCCCCUCAUGACACUUUGGUGAUUAACUAUUUUGAUAAUCACCCAGCGUGUCAUACUUUGAUGUCAUCUUUUCCAACAGUCUGUUGGAAGAUAUUCGUCUCACAUUUUUACGCAGAUUUUUCCGCUUUGGCGUGUUAUACUACGUAACUGAUUAUUUUCAAACGAGGACAAAAGUUUUUCGGAAUAUCAAAAAAGGUUUCUAUUAUCAAAAUUGGCUUCAUCUGUACAGAAAAAGGUAUAAAGCAGGAAUUAAUUUGAAUAAAGAAUAAUCAAAAUAACUUUGACUGUGUUUGAAAAGUUUUAAAAUACAAUACACGAGUUCUAGAAAUGCAUAAUGUUAAUAUUGCAUUACAUGAACCUUCAACUUUCGUUUCGAUUGAAUGAUUUUUUUCUGUUUACCAAUGGAAGUGAAAAUAGAAAAAUGAAAGUUCAUUUAAAUUCUCUGUCCGGGUGGAUCCUUGCUUCAACUAUUGUUUCCUUGUUGUUUUAUCAAAAUAUUGUGUACAUUGCAGCAAUUACAAGGCCAUCUCAUGAUGUAUCUAAAUGAUGUGAUAAAAGGGUAAUUUGAGUUUGCAAACGCGUGGCCUAUAUCAUCUCUAGCAGGCCCGGUGAAAGUGUUUCGAAUUCCUUCUGCAGUUCUCUCUAUGUGUUUGAAAAAUACAAAACCUUUCCUAAUUGAUUUCAGUAAACGUAAUCCAGAAUACUGCAACACAUAUGCAAUAAAAGUGAGGCCUUGCGCCUUUAGAAUUGUGUGUUCUUGUGCACCAACUGCUCAUCGUGUUAAUGUUUGCGUCUCUACAAGACCAGAGAACAGAAAGUGUAAAAAGAAGCAGAUAUCAAUAUGGAAAAGGGUUACUCCUAGUUAGUACUGCAGAGUCAGCUUGUACAUGGGUACAAGGUAGAGGUGCGGUAGAACAAUUUGAAUCACAUCAGCAGUUCAACACUAAGAAAAACUUUGUCUCUCGAACUUUAACUUUCGACCUCAAUACCUCGCAACUACUUUCCAAUUCUACUUUUAUUUAUUUCUGGCAAGACACUAAGCAUGCGCGGAUAAUAAGUGUCAACACGUAACCAGAAAUCAAAUCCUACUACAGAGGAGGGGGUGGGGGUUGCUCCAGGCCUCUAAAGUCGAAAAGUCAUUAAGAAUUUAGCCAUCGGACUCAGAUAAAAUAAUUACCGAAACUCAUUUGGUAAUCUCCACUCCAGGUAGGGCUGCAAAGUGCUACGAAGAUCCCAUCUUCGUGUAAUGGGGAAAACUAAUCUUUUAAAUACAAUCUAAGAGCCAUAGACAGCUCCGCAGAAAGAAAAAUCCAUUACAUUAUUCUUAAAGGUAAUCGUAUGUGAAUUUUUAUUUCAGCCUGAACUGCCGCAAAACAAGAAUCAUGGCCACAACAGGGAUCGGAACGUUAGGCCCAAUGACCUUGCCAACAGCAACAACGCCUAUCAUUGCACCAACCAUCCAGACUACAACAAAUACAGUUGCCAAUGGAAACAAAAACAAAGAAGAUAACGACUAUUGGGUGACGUACACAUUUAUUGUGGGAAUUGCUGCCGCUGUAUUGGUCAUCUGCACAGUAAUUGCAAUUGUUGCGAGUCGUUAUAAAAGUCUAAGAAAAGCAAGGGCUCAAUAUGCGAAAGAUCAGAUGCGAGCUAGACAAGAAAUCGAGAAGCAAAGAAGAGAAACACGAUCACGGACAUUAUCAACGACAGUCAGUAUUGCUGACCCCUUCUACAUUUUUCCUUUCUCCAACGAACCGGUGGAUGAUUCCAGUCCGUUUGAUGACGUGUUCUACUUACCGUCUACUGGAGCUGAAAAGAGAAAUUCGUUUGUCCAAGCCAUUCCAUCCUUUUCACAGCCUGUGCCGGUACACCCAGCUCGAAGACUGGAUUUGACCCCACCUCCAAGGCUGUCUCCGUCAUUUCAAGGUUCAGAUGAGAGACUCCAGGUGAACCAUAUUCCUGAAAGAAGACACAGCCUUUCUGUUUUCGCUCAAUCAUCACUCACGUUGCCCGCUUCCCAACCACCAAAAGUGCUCCCAAGGGAACCUAUCGUGCCCCCAAGGAGAUCACGACGUCAUUCGCACCAGCUUCCUUCCAGGAAACCACCACUUUCAAGACAAAGGUCACAUAGUGCGCUGGAGCUGAACAUAAAGGCGAACUACGGAUUCAUUGCAGAAGAAACUGAGCCUCCUGAGACUGUGCCAAGAAUGUCACUUCCAUCUCCAGACUAUGAAUGAGACAGCGAAAGUGCACUUAAGACACGAAGCCAAGACCCGAGCUAGCUUCAAUACUGGCAUACCACGGUGGGCGCCUCCGUUGAUGCUGGUCUUCGCUGGAAGAGGAGCAUGAUAAUCAUCUGAUUAAAAUAGAGGGCCUGGCAACCACAAUCUGAAGACGAAACUCUGAAUGCUAGAGAAACGAGGCCUGAGCACGAGGACACGCCCCAGUAGUUUGAAUUUGUCUUAGUUUCGAGAGACCGUGCUCCAAUUGAACAGCGUUCAACAAAGUCAUUUGCGUUGAUGAUUCGAAAAAAAUUUAAAAUGUAUUUCGUAUUUUAAAUUCACUUUUCCUAUUGAUCUGAUAAAGCAUGUUUCCAAGUAACAAAUGAAAUAAUCGAGGCAUGGAAAAAAGUAAACGUUUUUCUAUAAUCUGGCAGUUUAAUCUGGAAUAUUUUACCUUAAAUAUUUAGUGAAAUAUUGAGGCAGAAAGAUAAACUGUAGGUAAGAAUAGUUUAAACUAAAUGCUUGUUAAAAGAUUGAAACCCCAAUAUAGAGAAUAGGUUAAAAAAUCUCUUUUGUGUUAUCAUCGAGAUAACGUUAUCAACAACAGGGUUAAAUAAUAAAUGUUUGGGUUAAGUGGUAAAUUAAGGCACCCAUUCAACUCAUUUAGAUGCCAGCUGCAGGCCUAGAACUAAGGAAUCUCUAUUCGUUUACAAAACCUAAACAAACUGAGACAACUUCUUAUCAAACCCUAUUCUUUAGCACACAUGUACGUUAACUUGUUAAUUUGUCAGUUUGUAAAUAAUUUCCCAAAUUAUAUAGCGUAUUUUUUUCGAGUUCGGGCUUCAGAAACAAACGGUAUAUAAAUCUAACAUUACACUGGAAAAUGCUUCGUUGUGUCAUUCACAAAUAAAGGUUUCCAAAACUGUUCGGUUACUUGUCGAGACAGGAUUAUAAAUGUCGGGGGAUAUGAUGGUUUUUCUAUAUUACAGUUUGAGCCUAAUUUCAUCAGGUUGGUUAGAAAAUAUGCCGUUUAAGAGAAAACUGAGGAUUUCCCCAGGAUAGGACCAGAGUCAGAAAAACAUCACGGCUCCAGGGGCACUGGCCGGUGACCAAAAAGAGGAAGGUGACCAAAAAUUUGGAAAAUUGAGGAAGCUGAAAAAAUCGUGUUGCCUUAUGGCUUUCAAAAUACAGUCGGACAAAAAACAAAAAGUUAGGAAACAUUUAUAAACCUCCUUUUCAAUAUGGCAGAACUGCGUUGCACUGUAAAAAAUUAGGCAUUGACUAAUUAUAAUUUAUAUAUUUAAAUAAUGACAAGCGCUUUUGCUAUUAAUUGAUAUUUAUAUCAAUUAAUAACAAAGCAUUACAUCUGCCUCAAAAAUAUCUAUGAUUAAGAACAAGAUACAAUGUUUCAAAAUGUUUUUAGAAAAGCAGAGUUGCCAGGACAGGAGAUCAAGAUUAGUUGAGUAACACGUUUUCUGACCACGCCAUUUUAAACCCAUUAUGAGGAAGGUUUUAUAGCAAGAUUUUCUUGGCCGAAAGAAGGUUGAUAACUUUUCUGGACUCUCGGUAGGACAAUAGAGUUCUAAAGUGUGACGUCACCAAAAAACUAUUUUUAGAAUUUUUGAAUCUUAACGACAUAACAUAAAAGAUCUUCAUGAAAUACUUCCACAUAUGCAAAAUUAGUCAAAUAUGUCUAAAAUCAGUUGAGAUAUUGCCAAUGAAGAUUUGAAGUUUGCUGACGAAUCACUGGUAUUUUCACUCUGUUCAUAAAAUUAUGAAUAGAGACCAAAAUAUAGAGGUCUGAUGGGGACAGAGCCAAUACACAUGUGACCAUAUCUCAGCCAGUUCGUAACACAUUUGACUGAUUUUGCAUAUUUAGAGGUAUUUUAUGAUACUCUUUCAGACUAUGGGAUCCAAAUUCAAAA